GUCGUGUCAACCAGCCGACCUACGACGUCUACAACACCAACGCUAGCUAUCAGCAUUCUGGUGUAGAGUCUUACGAGAACCAUCCACCCGUCUCGUACGACCGUACUCCUGCCCGCCCCCAGCUCAACGUCUCGUACGACCAGGCUUAUCAAGCUCCCCCUCUCGACACCUACGUCGGCUCUUCUCAAAGCCAACGUCCUUUGUCUGUCGAGCCAGCCAACGCUCCUUCCCAAGUCCAGACUCUUAGCACUACUACUGUAGUUGAUCAUCCCCCAGCUCGCAAGAUGGGAUACUACGACGACAACGGUAACUACCACUCCUUCCGUCGUGGUGUGGAACGCGCUGCCGACCGCAUCAUGCACCCUUUCCACCACCAUGAUCAUCAUCAUGGUGAACAUCAUCAUCAUCAUGAUCAUGACCGUCAGGAUGUCGCCGUUGCUGACGAUCGCGGUCCAGUUUCCCGUGGUGGUUCCCGCCAGGCCAUCCGCGUUGUUGAGCCCCGCAGCGGCGGUCGCAAGAACGCUGACACCGUGCCCAUUCCCUGCAACUUCAUUCGCAUCGGCGACAUCUUGAUCCUCCAGGGCCGUCCCUGCCAGGUCAUCCGUAUCUCCGUGUCGCCCCAGACUGGCCAGCACCGUUACCUCGGUGUUGAUCUCUUCACCAGCCAACUGCAGGAGGAGUCCAGCUUCGUCUCCAACCCCUCUCCCUCGGUUGUCGUCCAGACCAUGAUUGGCCCUGUCUACAAGACCUACCGCAUCCUCGACCUCCGUGAUGGCGAGAUCGUCGCCAUGACCGAGACCGGUGAUGUCAAGCAGGGCAUCCCCGUUGUGCGCCAGGGCGACCUGUUCAACCGCAUCAAGGACGCCUUCGAGGACGGCCACGGCAGCGUCCGUGCUCUGGUCAUCAACGAUGGUGGUCGCGAGCUCGUUGUGGACUACAAGGUUAUCCAGUCUUCCCGUCUGUAGAUCAUUUACCCACUUUGGUUUAGCCGAUACCUGGUUAAGGUUAGUUUAUCCGCAACUCAUUUCGUUGGGUCAGGGGUAUUGACGUCACAGAAAUC